AUUUCAGGAGCAUAAAAGUGAAGUAGUGGACAGAAACAAAUUUUGUGGUCUCUGCCACAUGGUUUUUAGCUCCUCAGUUGUUGCUCAGUCUCACUAUGUGGGGAAAGUCCAUUCUAAAAAACUGAAGCAAUUAAUGGAGGAGCGUGAUCAGGUAUCUCCAUCAAGAUUUCAGCCAGAAACGGCAGGUGUGCCUAUUACUACUUCUGCAGAGUCAACUUUUCUGAAGCCCUUUGCUGUCAAGCCUCCUCCAGGUGGGAUUAAAGACAAGAUUAUGCCUUCCUCUUCCAGCAGUGCUUUGGAUUUGAAUAAUCCAAACAAGUAUUGCAAGCUCUGUCCUGCUUCCUUUAAUAGUCCAUUAAUGGCCCAACAACAUUAUGUUGGGAAAAAACACAAAAGAAAUGAAGCUAGGAAGAAGUUUGUAGACAAGAUAAGAGAGAAACCUCUUCCUGCAAAAUCAGAUGCAAAUGCAUUUAGUAUGAGAACCUACGAUUGUCGUAUUUGUAAUAUCACCUUUACAUCUUUAGAAAUGUUCCGGUCUCACAUGCAAAGAAGUGAACAUCAACUUAAAGAAUCCAUUGUUAUCAAUCUAGUGAAGAAUUCAUGGAAGCCACCAGACUCUUGCCAAGAUGAAUGUACAGAUUACAUCAAAGUACAGAAAGCCAGAGGAUCAGAACCAAAGACUUGUUUUAGAAAGAUGGAAGAAGGUUCUUUGGAAGCCCAUGGGUACAGAGAAGCAGUUGAUUCCAGAUCCAGACAUAGAAUGUUUGAACAAAGAUCCCCAUGUGAGACUUUCUGGACAUAUCCAGGACCAUAUAAUAUUUCACAAAUAGUGGAAAACCAAUUACCUCAUUGCUUACCAGCUCAAUCAAAGAAAACAUAUGACUCUUUUCAAGAUGAACUGGAAGAUUAUAUCAAAGUGCAGAAAGCCAGAGGACUACAUCCAAAGACUUGUUUCAGAAGGGUAAGAGAGAGCUCUGUGGAAACCCAUGGGUACAGAGAAAUUGAUUCUGGACCCAGACCAAGAAUGUGUGAACAAAGGUGUUCAUUUGAGACUUCUCAGACCUACCAACGACCAUAUACUACUUCACCAGUGGAAAGCCAAUUAUAUCACUGGUUACCAGCUCAUUCAAAGAGGACAUAUAACUCUUUCCAAGGUGAACUUGAGGAUUAUAUCCAAGUGCAGAAAGCCAGAGGACUAGAGCCAAAGACUUCUUUCAGAAAGAUAAGUGAUAGCUCUGUGGAAACCCAUAAGCACAGAGAAAUGGUUGAUUCCAGACCCAGACCUAGAAUGUUUGAGCAAAUACUCCCAUUUGAGACUUUCCAGACUUACCCAGGAUCAUACAGUAUUUCACAGGCAGAAGAAAACCAGUUACCUCAUCCUUUACCAACUCAUGACAGCAAACAGAGAUUAGACUCUGUGACCUACUGUCAACCCACCAGAGACUGUUUCCCAGAAAAACCAGUACCCCUGAGCCUUAGUCAGCAGGACAAUAACUCUGGCACAUACAGUGUAGAAUCUGAAGUUUAUAAGCACCUCUCCUCAGAAAACGAUACCAAUGAGCAUCAAGCAGGUCAUAAGCGGAAACAUCAGAAGAGAAGAAGGCACAUGGAGGAAGGUGAAGAAAGGCCAGAGAAGGAGCAGUCCAAGCAUAAAAGAAAAAAGAGUUAUGGGGAUACAGAUCUAGACAAGGACAAGGGCAUUGGGGAAGGGAAAAGAGACAGAGAUAAACUUAGUGUCAGUUCAGGAAAGCUUAAGCAUCGAAAAAAGAAAAAAAGCCAUGGCGUACCCUCUGAGAAGGAAGAACGUAAGCACAAGAAAGAGAAAAAGAAAUCUGUUGAAGAAAAGACAGAAGAGGAAAUGCUUUGGGAUGAGUCUAUUCUUGGAUUUUAAACUUUUAGCUUUGUUUACCCUAGGAGAAAUAGAAUGGGGGAAUUUAGACAAAGACAGAAACAUCCAAUGAGGAAAAAGAGAGGUGAGUACAGUCAGUGUCAGUUCAAGAAAGCUUAGUUUUUUGUGUGUAAAAAUUGAAAUUGACUUGAAAGAAGAGACAAACAAGCCAAAACCUCGCCUCUGAGAAAGAACAAAAGAACACAGUAAGAACAUAAGAGAAAAGGAAGCCAGUUAAAAGACAAAGGUGUCAGUGCUUUAGGACGAGUCUUCUCUUGGAUUUUGAACUUUCCUGUUGUGUUCCUUUAAGGUUGAAUUAAAGAAAUAAAUUGAAGAGUUUGGUUUCAUGAAAUUCAUGUUAUUUGAAUUUCCCUAAGUGGACAGUUACUUUAACCAUUAACAAAAGCCAAGUGAAGUAAAAGUAUUCAAUAUGCCUUGUCCUCAAGUUAUUUUUCCUCAUUUGUUAACGUGAAAGAAAAAUUACAUGUUUCCUGCAUAUAAAGUAAUUUCUCUUAAUGAGGCUGUCUCUGCUCCUGUUCAUCCAGUUGCUGUGAUAGUGAAUUAUUUACCUAUGGGAGAAAAUUAAUUUUAAAUGAGAAAAUCAGGCAUUAUAGAAUCCAUCCUCUGUUUGGGCUGUGUUAGUGUUGGUGGUAUUUUUUAUUGCUAUUAUAUGUUUAUUUAUGUUUCUUGGUUUUCUCCAAGGAAAAUAUGUGAAGCAAUUUAGAUUGAU